UACUUCACGAAGGUUUUGCUUGUCGGCAUCAUGUAUUAUGUCGGAUUGUCGACCUCCUACCACAGUACCAGAGAUCCCGAGAGUCCCUUUGUAAACUAACUUGUAAUUGUUUGGUAUUCUUCUAAUCAACAUUACCGAUUUAUCCUAGCUAGUAGCAAACUGGAUUUGUCAUGAUUGUGACCUUGAAGUCGAACUCGAAGGCACCAUCGUCUGAUCGUGUAACUAGGAAAAAUAUUCAAAAUACACCUGUUUGGUUGCUGGCACUCGGUCAUAAUUGAGCGCGAUCCAGGUCCAUUAUCAUCCAAAGCAGUGCGGCUGCUCGCCAUUGGACCUCGUGCAAGACGUGCGCACCAUAGCGCACGGGCGAUUUGUCUGCGUUACGUCGGAAGGGACGUUUGAUGAGGAACAGUACUUUCUCGCUGCUGUGCAUACGAGCCGCGCUAACUAUCGCUAUGUCGUAUUUAGACUACACCAACGACGCCAGCGGCACUGCCUUCCUUCCAGGCUUUCUGGAUGUGGAUCUCACAAGUCCAGCUGCUGCUGCACAAGGCUUGCAGCCUGGUGUAACUAGCUCCGCUGUUAACGAACUGGCGGGUGGCUUCCCAUCAACAAUAAAUCCAUUCCCUAGUACGAACUACUCUGCACUCGGUGCAGGUGGCAUCAACAAUGCCGGCAGUACUAAUUCGGGGCCAUUUAACGUUGGCGAUCCGCUGUUUGCUGCUGCUGCGCAGCUGGACAUGGCAUUGGGGCAGCCGCAGCAGCAUCAACAACAAGUGCACCAGCCACUUCUUCAUCAUCAACAACCGCAUCAGCAGCCUCCUCAUACGUUUCACAACCAGACGAUGGGUGGUACUGGAAUGUUUUCUACUUCAAAUUAUCCGAACAGCAGGCUGUCUCAACCUGGCCAGUGGAGGCCGAUGGGGCAAGCUGUGCCCACGGAUAUGUUACGGACUACCCCAUCGCCUGCGCCGUCUGCCACGAAUUCUCUUCCGGGGUCGAAUGCAUCAACUCACAUGCCUGAACGAGCUUGCUUGGUUUGUGCAGAUGAAGCCCUUGGCCGUCACUUUGGCGUUCUGACGUGCGAGGCAUGCAAAUCCUUCUUCCGACGAAGUGUUCGCCACUCUGCUCAGUAUUUCUGCCGGUACAAUCGGGUUUGUCACGUCGCCAAGCAAUCUAGAAACAAGUGCCAAUACUGCCGCUAUCAGAAGUGUUUACGUGUUGGCAUGCAGCCAGAUGCUGUUCAAGAAGAGCGCAAUCCUGCAACGGGCAAAGUAUGCGGUUCUCGCAAGGAGGACGAUUCGCCAAUCGGUUCUCCGGUAUCCUCGGUACAGCAAGUAGCCGGGUCGGUAGUCGCCGCCUCGCCCGUGUCCUCCUGGGGUAUGGCUGCCUCGGUGCCGGCUGGCUCCAAGAAUAUCACCACCCUGCUGUCGAGAAGUCCUACUGAUGGUCUGGGCAGCGCUACCGCACAGCUGACUCUUCCUGCGCUGCUCGACGCGGAGAGGGCAUGGGAGGACGACAAGGAGACCAAGACGCCCAUUACCACCCCGGCCGACUUCGGUGACAUCGUGGCCACCACAAAAGACCAGCUGUUCCUUUCCAUUGCAUGGGCAAAGAAUGUCCCAGCAUUUAGUUCUCUGCACGUGGAUGAUCAGGCUCUCAUCCUAAAGAGUGUGUGGAAUGAGCUGCUCACGCUCCAGCUAGCAUUCCGCGCUUCUCCUUUUGAGAACACACUGAUCCUCGGCAGCGGUCAGCUGCUGUAUCGGGAUAGAGGCAACCCUGAUAUUUGUCGUCUUGUCGGGCGCUUCAUUGAUGAGAUUGUAACACCCUGCAAGGUAAUGGGACUGGAGAUGGCGGAGCUUGUGUCGAUGAAAGCGAUAGUAUUGUUCAAUCCCGAUUGUCCCAAGCUUUUGGAUGCAAAGAAAAUUGAGCAGUUGCAGGAGCAGUGCAUGGAGACGCUUGACGAGUAUUGUCGCUCUCGCUUUCCGGAGCAGAAGCUGAGAUUCUCGAAAAUCCUGCUGCGCCUUUCCGCAGUCCGCUCGAUUACCACCGAGACGAGGGACUAUAUCAUUCAGCACCGGCAACACUCCAAUGUCCAGGUGGACUCGUUCGUAUUAGAGAUGCUUGGCGUGGAGGUUGCUGAUGAACCACCCAACUCAGCGUAAGUCAGUGUGGAAGGUGAAUACUCUGCUGAAGUGGUGGGAGCAUGGACUGACAUACUAGGUUGAUAGAUCACAGCACCGCCCUUGCCACUGCUCACAUUUCUCAGCGGGUAUUGUGAUUGUUGUCUCAAAGCCACAUGGCUACAACGGAUACGACUUCGGAGCACUACCUGAUUCGUCUUGUCCAGAUCCGCCCUGCGUACUCUGUUCGCUCCGGCUGGUCUCUCUUCCUUUCAAUUCGUCUCAAUUUCGUCUUGUAGUUUGCGACACGUAACCGAGAUUUGGUACCAGAAAAAAAGGAUAGCGCUCUCAACUGACCCAGCUAUAAACUGUUAGGAAUUCCGUCUUUAUGUAUAACUUGCCUACAUCUGUAUAGUGCUAGCAGUUUUUUUUUGUUAUUCUCUAACAUCACCCUACACCUACAUCUGGCCUGGUCAGGAGAGGGCAGUAUGCAGUGCAAUAUUACUGGCCCGGCCAGAGGCUAGAACUAUGCAGUCAUACACAUUGAUCAUAGGUUAGCACGGAACAAAUCUAUCUUUUCUGGAUCAGCUCUUCAGUCUACAUAAUUCUGUCCCCCGUGAAUUCUGCGGCAGAAUAUCAGAAAUUCCGUGCAGAAUUCUGCGGCUGAAAACAGUAAAUUCUGCGCUAAUUCUGCAAAUCCGUCCAAAUUCUGUGGCAAUUCUGCAAGGGAAAUGAGCGUAAAAAGUGUUAAAAACAGAUUGAAUUUCCGCAACCCCACCGAAGUUUGUUGUCCCUAUCAAUUCUGAACCAAAAUUAUGCGAAAUUCUCGUCCAAAAAAAUUGAAAGCUCCAAAAUGUACGGUGCAAGUUGAUUUCGAAAGUCACAAGCAGGUUGGUUUGGCUGUGAAAUAUAUCGAAAGUCUCCAGAAAAAGCAGUUUUUCUCUCUUUUCUGCGAUAUUCCGCGGGAUUUUCUGAACUCUGCAGACACUGCUGGAUUCUGCGGAAAUUCUGCAAUCCGCGGAAUCGCGGAAUUCACGGGGGACAGAUAAUUGAAGAGUUUCAAAUUUCAAUGCUCUCUUUUUUUAAUCAUGCUCAUGUUUUUAUAGCUCCAGUCACAUUGACAAUAUUAUUUUGGCUGAUAGCUGUUAUCUUGGAUUCCACGGUAUGCGUAUGCUAUGGCCGAGAUGGCGCUUGAGCAAUUUGACCUGUGUCAUGAGAGAAUGUGUUA